CAGAAUAUACAUUGGCUAGAAACAGAAAACCUUUCGUGCAUUCCAAUUGAUCCUGCGACGGCCUGGUUGAUACAUUGGAAAUCUUUUCCGGUGGUUAGAAGUUGUUUCAAGUUUGCAAGCAGUAGCUGGAUCCUGUCAUAACAUCAGCCAAGAAUUAUUUGCCUGGAUGUCGGACACAAAGGCGCUGAUGCUGGUGGUAAUGGCUGCCGCGCUGUACUUGGAGACGUGUGCUGCCCCGCACCUGCUGCUGCCGCAACCUCGACCACAUCGGGUGCCCUGGGGCAGCAACCCUACAUUCCUGGCUUUGCACAGGGAAAACGUAUUAACAAUAUUGCCACGUAAUAACGAGGACGUGUACCUCGUACUCAGCACGAAGUCAAAUGCGGGAGAAGAAAAGUCUUCUCUGUCUUCCAGCAACAUAAAUGUAUACUACAUUACAAACACUGUCGGCGAAGUCAAGUCUGAUCUGCAAUCUGGUGAUGAAGGAAUGAAAUCAAAUAUUACAGUGGUAAAGAGCGUACGUCUACCAACUUUGGGAGAUGUUAUUGAAAUAAUUCCGUUCCUUCCAAUUGAAAUUAAUGUACCUAAUGUCAUAGCAUAUAUGACAAGUUUCCUUAACUGGAUAAUGAACUGGAGACCUCAGGACCAGAGCAAUCCCAGAAUUUAUUUCAUGCUAAAAAAUCCUCAUGGGUACGAAAUUUAUCCGUUCAUUACGAAGCCAACUCUUCCAAAAUUUCCUUACGACAACCACCCUUCUUAUGGUAUUUUAAAAGAUCAGUUAGUGUUACCAGUGUACGGUACAUCUACUGUUUAACUAUUCUCAUGCUACGAAAGAAAUAUCUCAGAUACGAACAUAAACCGCUUCUUCUCUGAGCAACUUCAGUGUUCGUUCAGAAUAAAUCCUUCCUUUGCCUCUUUUUUUUAAUAAAUUAUUAAAAUUAAUACUUAUAUUGCCAUGAACACGCUAUACAAACAGUGACGACAGGUUAGCUAAAUUAAAUUCAGCAUUAAUAGAGUUGGGCAACGAGUAAAACGGACCAAUGCAGACAGUCACUUAAAGUUACAAUUAAAUGUCGUAGAUUAGUGCCAGUUCUGGCAUAACGCAAGGUUCUCACGGCGACAAGUGUGAAGAUAACUAUCUAUCUUCUGGUAUGUUGCGCCUGUAGUCUGAUAGAAACUGGCCGACGUUUCAAAGGUGCUUACUGACUCAUCGCCCUGAUUAUGAAGGCAGUAAGAACCUCUGAAACAUCGGUAAAUUCCUACCAGACGUCACGGAGCAACAUCCCACAAGACAGUCAUCUUCUUACACUGUGUUUCCACUUAAACCAAUUAUUUAAACACAACAAAAAACAUUUUUAAAGAAUUAAAUUCCUAAUUCACACCACAAAAUGACGUGUUUUAAUUUUCGUUGUAACAGUGUAACCAAUGAAUAAUUUUCCACCAAUAAAUCGGGCGAUAUUUUUAUGUAUAAAACAAUGCAGCCAUCUCGUUUAUGCACUUAACCCUUCAACUGCACCUGUGUCUUUUAUUUAGCGAAAUUUAAAAGUGCCCUAUUAAACACUAUGCCGUUCAAAAAACAUGAAGGUAAAGUUCCACAUAUUUUAGACGCAGUAAAUGGAAGCCACAUUUUUCUGGGAUCGGAGUUUCUGGUACACAUUGGGUACAUUUUUGGACAGGCCUAAGAACCGUUCUGAACGUAGUAGCAAAGAGAUAAAAUUCUGUUAUCAAACGUUGUUUUGAGCUAUUUGAAACAAGUCCAUUCCGUACCUUCCUCAGUUCCGUUUUCACUGUAACUCAUAUAGCUACCCCCAUGUGUGUAAUAUCUCCUCAUACUUAUCACGCUUUAUUACAAUAAUAAUAUUAUGUAAAGAACAUACAUAACAAAUAAACCUUCGCUACCAUCUUGAUAAGAUUCUGCCACCUUAAUCCUAGAAUUUGAAUUUAAUUGCGGAGAACGCAGGUAAAACGUUGUAAUUGUGUAUCGUCUAAGAGUAUGUUAUUUACUUUAAUAAAACAAUAUGACUAACAUCA